UUUCCGCUUUCAGCCGCAGUAGUCAUCUAGGGAUUGCCGAAGAAAAGCGCCAAGGGAAGAGAGACGGCUACCUAGGUCAUCUCCAACCGAACGCUAAAUGUGUGUAUGGAGUUUCGCCAUUUCAUUGCAGGUGAACAGUGCGACACCAACGUCAUUUUUUGCUCUCAACCGGAAACGUGCGAAAGGGAGAGCGAUCGUUACCUUCUCAAAAACAUCUAAAAUGGCGUUAGAUUGGAGCAUCACCACGCCAUUUUGGAGUUUUGCGUUACUUUGCCGUGAAAAAUGAAGUUUUCGGUUGGAGAUGCCCUAACCAGCUCCCGUCGUCGUGGUGGCUUCCGAUCGGACUAGAGGGAAGUUUAAGGAGGUGAAGGCGUCAGCCUCUCCCUCUCUCUCUCUCUCUCAUCUGGAUUGCGGCUAUGGAUGUGGUCGUUGGGGGUUUGGAGUUGCGAAGUAGAGAGGAAGAAGAAGAUGAGGGCACAGUUGAGGAAAUUUUGCGCGUGAGGAGCAGAGCCGAGAGCAUUCACUUCUUCGGUAUAUUUAACGAUGAGCGAGGCGGGAUGAGGCAUUGAAAGCGAACGUGGGAUUGGCGGCGUUGAUGUGCGAGGAUGACGAUCGGAUGUCCGGGUUGCUAGAUUUACGGGAUUUGAGCGGGGAUCGGCCUCGAUCAGAUUGAAGAAGCGAUCUCCAAUGACCAACUCGUCUUCUUCUCAACUUGGCGAGCACUUAGAUUCAGCUGCUCCCGACGACCCAUCCAUUAUGUCAUCGCUGAAGUUUGUUCUUCAGGUGCUAUGAGAAGUAUACGCCAGGGCAUCGGUGCAAUGACCGAACUCUUCAAGUUUUCAUUGUCCGUGAUAACGAGGAAACUAAGGAAGGUGAGGAUUCAGAGGAGGAGAUGCAUGGAUGAUAAGUUGCAUUUGGAUCUGGCCGAGGUUUUCCUGAAUUCAGUAAUAAGGUUCACUUCGAAUCAUGCGAUGAAGGUGAAGGGGGAAAUAACAUGUAUGGAGGUGGUUGUAUUGAUUGACAAUGAGGCUACCCAUAAUUUCAUUUCCACUCAGGUCGUCAACCAUUUAGGAGUGAAAUUGGUGGACACCGGUUAUUAUGGGGUGAUGAUGAGUACAAAGAAGGUGGAGAGAGGUCAAGGGAUUUGUAGAGUGGUGUUGACCAUCCACGGGAUUCAGGUAAGGGAGGAUUUUCUCCCACUAGAGUUAGGAAGUACUAAUGUCAUCCUGGGGAUGAAGUGGUUGCAAACCUUGAGGGAAACCAAGGACAAUUGGGGAGCACUCAUGAUGAAAUUAAUGGUGGAUGGGAGAAAGAUGGUUAUAAGGGGAGAUGUAGGGCUAUCCAAAGCCAUGGUAUCACUUAAGACUAUGGUUAGGAGCCUACAAGAGAUGGGGGAAGAUUAUCUGGUGGGACUACACAAGUUGGAUAUGAUCAAGAUGGAGGAGGGAGGGGAUGUUUCUCUUUCAGUACAGCCCUUGAUUCAGCAAUUUGGUAAGAAUUUUCAGCCACAUCAAGGAUGGCCACCUCCACAGAAACACGAGUAUAUUUCCACCUUGAGGAUAAGGUGGAUCUUUGGGAGGGGAGUAUUGUUAGACCGGUCCAGGUGGGACCGGCUUGCAGGCGAAACAACGCCGUUGUUCGCCUCCUGCGGAGACCGUGCGAGCCGCAAGCUUUGCGGGAGCCAAAUAGGAAAGUUUUUUAGGGGAAUUAAGAGGGAAAUUUGAAUGUAUGGAUUGUUUAGGGAUUUCCUUUUAAUUUGUAUGCAUUAAAUAGUUUGUUUUCCUACGGUUAUGGUAUCUUGAAUUUGGCUGAAAUUUGAGAUCUC